CGCGAGCGACCCAUCGCCGAAUGGGGAGUCUGCUGAAGCGGCGGUUUCAGCGCAUCGGACGUGAGGCGGUGGGGAUUCUGACUUCGGGCUUGGGCCUGUUCGCGCCCCAAGCCUUGUGGCGGCAGUGUCCGGGGCUUGUGAUGGGCCGCAGGCAACGCCGAAGACAGCAGCAGCAGCAGCAGAGCCGCGAGGGAGGCUCCCAGGGCUGGUCCGAUGGUGGCUAUCCGGACAUCGUGAAGGAGAACGCGUCGUUUGAACACUACUAUGGGCAGCUUGGCAUCGUGCCUCAGGAGGAAUGGGAGAGCUUCCUGGCUACCCUGCGGGAGCCUCUGCCAGCCACCCUGAGGAUCACAGGCUAUAAGAGCCAUGCCAACCAAAUUCUCCGUUGUUUAAAAGAGAAGUAUUUCAAGGAAAUAGAGAAUCUGGUGGUGGAUGGUCAGUAAAUUGAAAUGCCGCAGCCAUUAAGCUGGUAUCCCGAGGAGUUGGCAUGGCAUACAAACCUAAACAGAAAAAUCUUGCGGAAAUCUCCCCAAUUAGAAAAAUUUCAUCAUUUUCUUGUUAGUGAAACUGAAUGUGGGAAUAUUAGUCGUCAGGAAGCUGUCAGUAUGAUCCCUCCAUUGCUUCUUAAUAUUCAGCCUCAUCACAAGAUUCUAGAUAUGUGUGCUGCACCUGGGUCCAAGACUGCCCAACUUAUUGAGAUGCUUCAUGCAGACAUGAGUAUUCCUUUUCCAGAGGGAUUUGUAAUUGCAAAUGAUGUAGACAACAAGCGUUGUUAUCUGCUAGUUCAUCAGGCAAAGCGGUUGAACAGUCCUUGUAUUAUGGUUAUAAAUCAUGAUGCCUCAAGUAUCCCUAAUAUACAGAUCAAUACUAAUGGGAAAAAAGAGAUCCUCUUCUAUGACAGAAUAUUAUGUGAUGUUCCUUGCAGUGGAGAUGGAACCCUGAGAAAAAACAUUGAUAUAUGGAAAAAGUGGAGUACACAUAAUAGUUUGCAACUACAUGGACUACAGCUGAGGAUUGCAACUCGUGGAGCUGAACAGCUGGCUGAAGGAGGUAGAAUGGUGUACUCUACCUGUUCAUUGAAUCCUAUUGAAAAUGAAGCUGUCAUUAGUUCUCUGCUGGAAAAAAGUGAAGGUGCCUUAGAACUUGCUGAUGUCUCUUCUGAGUUGCCAGGGCUGAAAAGGUUGCCAGGCAUUACAAAAUGGAAGGUAAUGACCAAAGAUGGUAAUUGGUUUGAAGACUGGAAAGAGGUACCUCCUAAUAAGCAUACGCAGAUCCGCCCCACAAUGUUCCCUUUAAAAGAUGAACAAAAACUUAAAGCGUUACAUUUGGAGCGCUGUUUUAGAAUUUUACCACAUCACCAGAAUACUGGAGGUUUCUUCAUUGCUGUAUUAAUUAAAAAAUCACCUAUGCCAUGGAACAGACGUCAGCCCAAGGGCAUAUAUACAUUGCAUCCUUUCAUCAGUGCCAGAACUAUUAAGGCUGGCAUAGAAGAUAUUAAAAUUUUGUUAACUGAAGAAAAUCCAUUCUUAAGCAGGUUCAGUAAUGAAUCACGCAGUCAACUGAAUGGAAUGGCUAUGGGGAGCAUAGUCUUAAAAUAUGAACCAGACCAAAGCAAACAAGAUUCCCAUCAGUGCUCUGUUUUGCUGUGUGGUUGGCUUGGCAAGACAUCCCUUCGUGCCUUUGUGCCCAAGAAUGAGAGAUUGCAUUACCUGAGAAUGAUGGGACUUGAGGUAUUCAAAGCAAAAAGGAAAGAAGAAAAUUUAGAAGGUCAGGUGGAAGCGGCAUCUAUAGAUACAUCGGGGCAAGUGCUAGAAGAAAUGGAACUUGAAUGUAAAACCAAAAACAUCAAUCAGUUACCGACAAUAAAAGAAGACGAAUUGAAUGGACAGCAUGAAAAAAUAUUAUUGGAAGCCCGCACAGUAGAAAACCUUUCUUCCACUGACAAAGAUGAAAAUACCAGAAAUAUGCAAAGCAAAAGUAAUGUUGACAUUAUGGGGAAAAAAGACUAAAAAGUCAAUUUGCAUUGACUAUUCAUGUGCAUUUUUUAUAAUUAUGUACUGCAAAGCAUUUAAAAUAAUUUUAAUAAAGCAUUUCAGUUGUUGAGAAAUGUGGUACACAAUUACUUUAUAAGAGUUUUCCCCCAAUCUUUUUGGUAUAAAUUGUUUUAACCAAAUGAACAGCAUAUUGCAAUCACUUCAGUGAAUUUGUUUCUAUCAAUGGAUUUGAAUCACUAAAAUGAUAUGCAUCAUUUUAGAAAUUAAAUAGCUUUAUUGAUAUAUUAAUAUACCAUAAUUUAUAAAUAUGAUUAUGAUUUUUUUUAUCUUUGGGAGAGAAUUUUAUCUUUCAUACACUCUUAGUAAUUGUUAUUGUUCCUCUGAAUUCAUGCAACAAAAAUGAAUUAUGUUGACAGUAUACAGUAGCCUAGAUUUGAGCUGUGUAAUUAUAAGUCCUAAAAUUCAGUUUCAGUUCAAAAUUUAUGUAUUAGUUUUAUAUCAUUUUCUUUUCCCCAAAUCUGGAUUUUACACUUGAUAAUUGAUUCUAGAUUGGAAUUUGGAGAAACAUCUGAAAAAUUAAUGUCACUAUAUUCAUCCAAAAUGUGGUCAGUUUUUAAUGAUUGGUUCCACUAACUUUGGGUUGCCACAGUGAAUUAUGCAGCUUAUAUUAAAAUCACAUGUUUCUGUUUACCCAAAUUAAUGCUAAAAUUGUGUACUAGUUUUAUAUCACUUUAUGCUGUGAUUGCCUGGAUUUUAUAUCACCAAAAUUAAAUGUCUUGGUUCAGAGGAUAUACUUAAAACCCUCAAUCUUGCUAUAUUCCCCCAAAAUCUAAGACAGAGUUUAAUAUUGAAUUGGCCCAUCAGAUACAGGUUUUAGUCCAUACAGGCUAAUACUUCUGUUUUAGCCACCAUAAUGAUUAAUCUGAUAGUCAGUAUUUUUAUGUAGCGCAGCUGUAGUACCUUAUUUUUCAUGUUCUUUUGAUUUCUGGGAUUUAAGGGUUCCUUCCCCCUCAAGCCCUCCAAUCUACAAUACAACCUCCCUCCAGAUGUUGAAUUAUAUCAUUUCUUGAACAAUUUUGUUCAUUAAAUGAAACAGCAUUACCAGACACAUUUUCUAAAUCCAUUCCUUCCAGAUUGGACUUCUAGAAUAUUGCUAAUGGAAGUAGCUGUUAAAAGUACAUUCCAAAUAAUUAUGUAUCUUAACAUUGACGUUCUAAGUCCUUUAGGUUUUAAUGUUUGCUGGUUUAU